UCCUUUGGUUUCCAUGGGACUGACAACAACGGCUGUGUUUCUGUCUGCUAGCUAGUUAGCUAGCCGAAGAUUAAUUAAUACGAACGGACUCAAAUAUGUAUUUUUAGCAUUUGUGAACUUACCGUUACGUAUUUGGAUAUUUGGAUAUUUGGAUAUUUUUAAGGAUUGGGAAGCUGAGCUAACGUCGACGGGCAGCUCGUUUAGGUUAGCGUUAGCUGUCUGAUCCAGAAAAAAAGAAUACGUAAAACUGUUACCGUAAACAAAUUAGCCAAGAUGAGUGAACAGCUAAAAUUAAUCGUUGAACAACUUAACAAGGACCCAUUCAAGAAAAACUUUAACCUCAUCACUUUCGACUCCCUGGAGCCGAUGCAGCUGCUGCAGAUUUUUAAUGAUGUUCUGGCUGAAAUAGACCCAAAGCAAGCUAUAGACAUCCGUGAGGAAAUGCCUGAACAAACUGUGAAGAGAAUGUGUGCUCUGCUGGGGAUGCUGAAGUACAAACCCCCUCCCAACCUCUCUGAUGUGAGCAACUUCAGGCAGGGUUUGGUGACUGGUAGCAAACCUGUGAUCCACCCGAUCCUCCACUGGCUGCUGCAGAGGCUUCCUGAGCUGAAGAAGAGAGCUUACCUGGCUCGCUUUCUAAUGAAGCUCGACGUGCCCGCAGAGUUUCUCCAGGACGAUAUCAUCAAUGACACCUAUCACCAGUAUGAAGAUCUGGUGGAAGGCUUUAAGACGUAUCAUAAGGAAUGUGAGCAGCUGAGAACUUCAGGCUUCUCGACAGCAGAGAUUAGAAGGGACAUCAGUGCCAUGGAGGAAGAGAAAGACCAGUUAAUCAAACGUGUUGAGAGGCUGAAGAAGAGGGUGGAGUCAGUGUCCAACCAUCAGCGGAUGCUGGAACAGGCCAGGCAGCUUCGAGUGGAGAAGGAGAGAGAGGACUCACUGACGCACCAGAAACAGGAACAAAAGAAUCAACUGUUUCAGGCAGAGCAGAGACUGCUGAGACUACAGCAGCAGUUGAAGGAUUUGCGACAGGCAGCAGCAGAUGCCAAUCCAGAGAGCUUAAUGAAGAGACUGGAUGAGGAAAUCAAGAUCAACUCCUACAUGGUCUCAGAGAAACUCCCCAAAGAGCUGGAGGGCAUGAGGCGCACAGUGCAGUACCUUCAGAAAGUGGCAUCAGAGCCUGCAAUGGGUCAGGCUGAGGUACAGGAGCUGGAGGACAAGAUUAAAGAAGCUGAUUCUCAGAUAAACCAGCUGAUUGAGAAGAAGAUGAUGAGAAAUGAUCCCAUGGAUGACAAACUGACAUUUUACAGGCAACAGGCCUCCAUCAUCAUUCGGAGGAAGGAGUCAAAGGCAGAGGAGCUUCAGGAAGCGAGGGAGGAGCUGGCUGCAGCGGAGAGGGAGCUGAGGCAAAGAACCAGCCAAGCACAAGGCUCAGAUGGGGAAGAGGUCAUUCGUGGUGAUGAGCUGAAGCAUAUGGUGGCAAAAUUGCGCAGCAAGGGAACAGUGUACAAGAAGAAGCGUCAGGAAAUUGCAGAGCUAAAAGCAGAAUUUGGAGUUCUGCAGCGAACGGAGGAAAUUCUAAAGCAAAGACACGAGACCGUCCAACAGAAACUGCAAAUAGUGGAAGCUAAGAAGGGCAUCUCUGGCUACAGUGACACUCAAGAGGAGCUGGAGAGAGUGUCCGCCAUCAAGAGCGAGUUGGAUGAGAAGAAGGGCCGCACUCUGGAUGACAUGUCUGAAAUGGUGAAGAAGUUGAACUCAAUGAUAGUGAACAAGAAGUCGGCUCUAGCACCAAUUAUAAAAGAACUGAGGUCACUGCGACAGCAGUGUCAGGAGCUAAGCCAAGAGUAUGAAGGAAAGAAGGCGCAGUAUGAAAGUUGCGCAGCUGGUUUGGAGAGCAACAGAUCUAAACUGGAGCAGGAGGUGAAAGCGUUGAGAGAGGAAAUAGCACAGAAGGAAAACCAAUACCAUUACAUCAUCUCCAUGUCAGAGAUCAUUGAGAUGCAAAUGCAGCGGGCGGCUGAAGAGAUGAAGGCCUAUGUGUCCUCUGAUCCACAAGAGAGAAAGAAGGCCAUCAGGGAAGUGUACAUGAAGAACAUUUCGGAACAGGAGUUACUUGGCAAGAAGUUGCGCGAGGAGAUGAAAAUGGUGACGGAGAGCCACAACGAAAACAUGGAACAGAUGAAGCUGUGGUCUGACCUGGAGAAGCUGAUGGAGUGCAAGAGGCAGUGCUUUAUAAAGGCACAGAGCCAGGUCUCUAUUGGCCAAGUUAUCCAGGAAGGAGGGGAGGAUAGACUGGUGCUGUGAGGCAUGAUCACCUACAAGUCCCCUACUGUACUCUAUGUUUAGCUUUAUAUGCUUUAACUUCUGUAACAGCUUUAAAUCUGUUGUUGGGGUUCUUUGCCCUCUCCAUUCUCUCUCUUACUCAGCUCUUUGAGUUUUACUUCAUUGUUUAUGUCAUGUGAAAACCAGACUGCUAACAUCUGGGGACAACACAGGCUAAGAUGACACAGGGGACUCCACAAGGGACACAUCUGUAAGAAUGUUCGUUCAACCAACAUGUCCAGAGAUAACAACAAACAAAGUGGUGCACUUGGGACGUCACUGUGGUGAAGUGUUUUUGGAAACUGCUGCCAUGACCUUGAGCAGGGAUUGGGAUUGCAGUUUUGGGAAUUCAGCAGGACCAGUGCUGCUUUUGACACCGAAUCAGAUUAUUCUGCUGUUAAACACUAGUUAGAUAUUUGUAUUGUCUAUGUAUUUCUAUUAAAUAUAUUUUAUAUUUGUUA